GGGGUUAGGUCAUUUCAGACUUCGGGUUGAGAUAUAGGACUGCUAAGAGAUAAGUAUAAGUACGGUGGCAUUGCAUCGUUGAAGGAGCCGUGAUUAUUUGGUCCCACCACAGCCACCACAACCACCACAACCACCACAACCACAUAUACAACCGCACACACCUUGCUGAUUCCAGCACAACUUGAAUAACACCAACACCACCACCACCCAACAUGUCCAACCACAUCUCCACCAACAAACUGGCCCACCACCGCGUGCUCCUCCUAGGGGGCACCUCGGGGGUCGGCUUCACGGUGGCGCGCGGGGCCCUCGAACACGGCGCGAACAUCGUCGUGUCGAGCUCCAACCCGGAAAAGGUCUUGUCGGCCGUCGCCCGCCUGAAGGCCCUCUACCCGGAGCCGUCGUACACCAGCCGAGUGGCCGGCUUUGCCUGCGACCUGGGCGACCAAACCACCAUGGAGGCGAACCUGGUGGCUCUGCUGGAAUAUGCCACCGCGGGAGAUCUGUUUCCUACCAGCACCAGCACCUCACUCUCGGGCUCAAUCGAAAAGAAAGAAAGAAUCCCCCUCAACCACAUAAUCUACACGGCGGGCUCCCGACCCGACCCCCUCCCGAUCACCUCUCCCACGCUCACGGCCUCGACGUUCUCCCAACACACCACCGUCCGGCUCCUCGCCCCGAUCCUGAUCGCCAAACACUCCCCCACCUACCUUUCCACGGCCCAGUCCAGCUCCAUCACAUUCACCUCGGGGGUACUGGCCCUGAAGCCCCACCCGGGGAUGACGCUGGGCGCGGCCGCCGCAACGGCGCUGGAGGGUCUGACGCGGGGGCUGGCGGUGGAGCUGGCGCCGGUGCGGGUGAACACGGUGAUGCUGGGGGCGGUGGAGACGGAGCUGUUUGAUGCGUUUGGGGAGCAGCGCGAGACGUAUUUGGGGGUGUUUCGGAAGGGGACGUUGAGUGGGGAGGUGGGCAGGCCGGGGGACGUGGCGGAGGCGUAUCUGUGGUGUAUGAAGGAUUGGUUUGUGACGGGGGAGAGGGUGGGGACGGAUGGGGGGUGGAUGUUGAAGAGCAAUUAAGAUUGGAUUUGAUUUGUUUUCUUGGAGAAGGUAG